AUUGAAUGAAAAAAAAGGAAUAUAUCAAUGGCUCCUCCCUCGAUUUUUUUCACUUCUUGUGUGUCGAGAUACUCAUCUUCCUCUUCCUCCUCCUCACAGUCAUCUCGUCUCUCACAGGCACAGUGACUGACCCCAACAGCAAGAGAGAGAAAGAGAGUGGCGUUUUUGCUCAAGCAAUUGAAUCGAUUUCUCUGCUUUUUAUAUUUCUAUAAUUUAGGGUUUCUCUCCAGUUUGAGGAGUUGAGUGCCUUUCUUUCUUUCUUUCUUUUUUUGUUUUAGGGUUUCAUUAUUUGGAUCGAAUUAUAAUUGAAGGUGGAGAGAGAGAGAGAGAGAGAGAGAGUGAGAGAGAAGGGGGUGUUGAUUUCUUCUCCAUCUCUUGGGUGUGGCGGUUAAAUACAAGUAGCAUAGUGGGAUGGAAGGGAGGAGAAUAUCGGCGAGUCCAAGGCCGUGCUCCGGAAGGAGGAUAUUAGCUAAGAAGAGGCCUUGCACAAAUGGAUUUGUCAACACUGUUAAGAAGUUGCAGAGACGCGAGAUUUCGUCUAAGCGAGAUCGUGCUUUCAGUAUGAGCAAUGCCCAGGAGAGGUUUCGCAAUAUGCGUUUGAUGGAAGAGUAUGAUACUCAUGAUCCCAAGGGCCAUUGUUCGGUAGUGCUGCCCUUUUUGAUGAAGAGAACAAAAGUCAUUGAGAUUGUAGCUGCACGUGAUAUUGUCUUUGCUCUUGCACAUUCUGGUGUUUGUGCAGCUUUUAGUAGAGAGACAAAUCAGAGGAUAUGUUUUUUGAAUGUUAGUCCUGAUGAAGUCAUUCGAAGCUUGUUCUAUAAUAAGAACAAUGAUUCACUCAUCACAGUUUCAGUUUAUGCUUCAGACAACUUUAGCUCCUUAAAGUGCAGAUCAACUAGAAUCGAGUAUAUAAGGAGGGGCAAGCCAGAUGCUGGUUUUGCUCUUUUUGAGUCUGAGUCCUUGAAGUGGCCGGGGUUUGUAGAGUUUGAUGAUGUUAAUGGAAAGGUCCUAACCUACUCUGCCCAAGACAGUGUUUACAAGGUUUUUGACCUUAAAAACUAUACAAUGCUGUACUCUAUAUCAGACAAACAUGUGCAAGAAAUCAAAAUCAGUCCAGGAAUAAUGUUGUUGAUAUUCAAUAGAGCAAGUAGCCAUGUUCCUCUUAAAAUUUUAUCGAUAGAAGAUGGCACAGUUCUAAAAGCCUUCAACCAUCUGCUUCAUCGAAAUAAGAAGGUGGACUUCAUUGAACAAUUUAAUGAAAAGCUCCUUGUUAAGCAGGAAAAUGAGAAUCUUCAGAUCCUUGAUGUUCGAAAUGCAGAGCUAAUGGAAGUUAGCAGGACUGAGUUCAUGACUCCCUCAGCAUUUAUCUUUCUUUAUGAGAACCAGCUGUUCCUAACUUUCAGAAAUAGAACUGUUGCUGUUUGGAAUUUUCGUGGGGAGCUUGUAACUUCAUUUGAGGAUCACUUGUUAUGGCAUCCUGACUGUAAUACAAAUAACAUAUACAUAACAAGCGAUCAGGAUCUUAUUAUUUCUUACUGCAAAGCUGAAUCUGAAGAUCAGUGGAUGGAAGGAAACGCUGGUUCUAUCAAUGUCAGCAAUAUCUUGACAGGAAAGUGCUUAGCCAAAAUAAAUGCUGGCAAUGGCAAUCCCAAAGGUGAUGAGUGCAGUGGCAGUAGGUCAAAGCAGAGUCACUCUCCUAUAAGAAGUACAGUUGCAGAGGCUUUGGAAGACAUAACUGCACUUUUCUAUGAUGAAGAGCGGAAUGAGAUCUACACUGGUAAUAGGCAUGGAUUGGUUCAUGUGUGGUCUAACUGAAAUGGAGCAAGUUCCGUUUGCUCUGAAGAUGAAUCUGCUAUUAAAAGAUAUUCUGACAUUCCUGCAAAUGUUAAUAGACAUAGUCUGGAUCAUGUAUGGCAAAUUCAAGAGCUGGUUUCAUCAUUUCGAUCUAGCUGCAAUGAUUCCUUAAUCAUGGGAUGUUACAUCAUUAUGCCUGCAUUACUUCAGCUGAUUGGUGGGCUUCAGCGCACUCUAUUAUUGAUUUACUUCAGAGUGAAUUGUACCAUUAGAUAUUUUAUCUUCUUGUGUAGCAAAUUGUAGAUCUACUUUUGGGAGUUCGUAGGGUGUCUGAUUGAGAUGCAAGUUAAAUUUGUUUACUUCUUAACAUUUUUCAAGAUUACGUAACAUGUAACAUUCACAUUAGUUUGUAUCGUUUUUGUGUCUGCCAAGUAAAAAAGAUGUUUGCUUAUUA